AUGGCGACUGGCUCAGGUGCCACAACAAGGCCUGCGCACCCUCUUUGCGGUGAGGCCGAGAGGAUCAUUGCUCUGCCUGCCACUGACAGACGUCGGCUUGCCCUGGCCAUGUUAUAAUCUCCAGAAAUGAGGUGUAAACAAACUAUUAGGACCCUGUGCAAGGCUGUCUUAACUGCUGUUUUCCUGACCUUCAAAAAUCCUGUCAUCAAGGUCAAACCUGUCAUUACUGGACAAGCAGUUACUUGGCUACUGCAGUUAUACGAUUCUGAAGUUCCCAAUGAUUCGCAACAUGGACUUGGGUUAUACCAUGCAACACUAAGCAUUCUCAUCACAUUGUUCAAGGACAGUAGCCAUAUGAGGUCUGCAGAAAACAGGUUCAAAGUGUUCAAGGCAGCAGCUAAUACAGACGUUGUCCACCUACCAUAUUCUGCUAUUAGUGUAUCUGCUUAUGUCAUCUACAUGGCUGCUCUGCCCUGGUGUCAUAGAGUCUUGGGUAGAAUUUUAAGUACCAAAUUUACAGGACCAGCCCAACAGAUGAUGGUGUAAGUCCAUAUGGUGGUUUGAUGGUCACAGAGGACUACUCUCAAUGCUCUUAACAGGUUUCUUAACGAGUGUGAUUUGAGCUUGAUCCUAAUACCUGAAAUAAAAGAUGAGAUACCCCAGUUCAAUGAAGCAUAUGAGAGAUUUCGUGAAAAAACUGGAGAAUGGUUUCCUUAUGCCAAUGUAAUAAGACACCCUGAAGCCCAGGACGUAAUUACGGCAGCAUUUCCAAACCUGGCUUCCGCAGCCCUGUAUCAUGCAGCAGAGCAAAACUAUAGAGCAGGGAAACACAUUAAGGGAGCGCUCCCUGAAAAACUCGAAAGUGCUUUUGAGCACAAAAUUCCACGUAUCUAUACUGCAGAAGAGUGGGCAAUGCCACACUCCCUAGGCAUUCCCAGUGAAGUGAGUAACCAAGUGUCACAGAUACCAGCAGAGGCACAGUCACCCAUGGAAGAUGAUUAA